AGUUGCAGUAAAGAAAACACAGUUAUCAUGAGUUUUAAAACUGAGGCUUUAAAUCGACAUAACGAGUAUCGUAGAAAUCAUGGUGUUGGGAGCUUAACGUGGUCUUCGAAAUUGGAAUCAAGUGCUCAGAAUUGGGCAAAUAAUCUUGCCAAAAAAGGUUAUAUGCAACAUGAACAACAAAAUGUUUAUGGAGAAAACAUUGCUGUCAUGAAAGGUUCAGAAUUGACUGGAGGUAAAGCUACUGAUAUGUGGUAUGACGAAAUAAAAGAUUAUAACUUUAAUAACCCUGGAUAUAGUUCACAAACUGGACACUUUACCCAAGUCGUUUGGGCAGAUUCAAAAGAGUUAGGGAUGGCUAAGGCGGUUUCAUCUAAUGGAAUGGAGUUUGUGGUAGCGAGGUAUUUUCCUGCCGGAAACAAUUUGCGAACUUUUAAAGAAAACGUGAAACCUCCUGGUUCAAAGAAAGUUGUCUCAAAUAACACUGUCAAUGUUUCGCCAACGAAAAACGUAACAAAAACUAAACCUUCACCAGUUAAGCAAAGUAAAGCUAAUCCGACUACAAGUAAACAAUCGACUAGUAUGGAUAAAGGUGACUCCACGAGACAAUCCGAAAAAGAUUUUAAAACCGCAUUGCGAAAAACGCAUAACAUGUAUCGAAAACGGCAUGGGGCCGCACCGCUUAAAUGGAACAGUAGCUUAGCACAAGCUGCUCAAGAAGCAGCCGAAGAGGCAGCACAAACAAACACUCUUCGUUCUGUAGAUACACCAAACGUCGGGCAAAAUAUGGCUGCUAUGACAGGCGGAGAGCUUCCCGGUGAUCGGGUGUCAACAAUGUGGUACGAUGAAGAAAAAAAUUUCGAUUACAAUAACCCAGGUUUCAGUUCAAGCACAGGAAGUUUCACGCAACUUAUAUGGAAAAGUACAAAAGAAAUGGGAGCGGGUAGAGCGUUUGGGAAAAAUGGCCAAACUUUUGUUGUUGUUUUAUAUAAACCACCAGGAAAUAUUAGAAGUCAAUACGUAGAAAAUAUUGGAAGACCUACUGGACCAGUUCCCAACUUAUCAAAAAGUAAAAAGGGAAGUUCUUGCCAGAUAAUGUAAAUUUAUUGCUUUUCUAAAUGUUAGAUAUAUGUUGAAAUUAUAUUUCAUUUUUUAUCAUAAAGUUUAUAAUCCAAUACUCAUCUUCAAUUGUUGACAUAAUUAUGACUUCAAUUGAAGUAUAUGACUUCAGAAGAACUUUUUUUUAUGAAAAAUCAAAUUUCUUAUGAAGAGUUUUGUUAAAAUGUAGAUUUUUGUAAAUGAUAUUUAAAUAAUAGAUAAAUAUGUUUCAAGUUA